AUGGACGCAUUCGAGAUACGUAUGGCUCUGGUUGGAUACCUCCGGAAAUUGAACGCCUCACAAGGAUCAGUGAAGCGAGCAGUUGAUCAUUUGCGGGUGUAUUCAGAUUGUUCUGGUGAUUUAUGGAAGUGCGUCAUGCAAGAGACCAAGAAAGGUGGUCUCAAUCAGCGUAUAAACAUUCUUUACAUGCUCGAUGACCUCCUCUGUGGGAGUGGUGGUGAUGCUGCUGAGAGUACCGCCUACCGCUCCCAUAUAGCUGCAGCUCUGGCUGAUUUUAUCGGUAUCGUAGUUCCCCUAGAGCCCAAUGGGGUUAUUAACUUACAGGCUGCUAUUGCUGUACUCGAGAAUUGGAAACUUAGACAACUUUUCAGCCUACAAGAGCUGGAUGGGUUGUUGAAACAGCUUAUAGACAGACGAAUCGAAUACAGCAACCACAAUGAUGAUACAGAUGAUACUCAAUCCACUCAACGACUCCCUGAUAAAGAAAUACUCAGGCGAUUCGAAGAGGAUAGGGAGAGGCACAAGCGCCUUAAAGAGGAAAUGUGGGUGCUUCCAAUCAGCACCUUGAGUAGGGACGAUGCUAUGAACUACCAUACACCAUCUCCAGGUCAUAGCAAACAUCACAAUCUACACAAAACCAAUCUCCUGACUCUCACCGCUGAUAACGCCCCUCUCAACACAGAAUUUGAUCAUGCUUGGGAGGAUACAUCAGAUUAUAACGAAGACGACGUCGAAGAGAUGCUCGAUGAUAUGAAUAAUCUUCAUAGCGCGCAGUGUUAA